GGAAAGGAGAUGGGAGAAUUGGUCGAAUUGAUUUUAGUUCCAAAAAAUAUUUGGUACUUAUCAUGUUGAAUUUUCGGACACGGACAUUAAAUACAGUCGAAAAAAUAACUAAUUACAUAGUUUAACUAAUUAGAACAAAACGAAUCUUCUAAAACUAAUUAAUCCAUAAUUAGACAUUACUUACCAAAUAACAACGAAAUGUACUCAGUGUCCAAAUUCAAACUUUUUCACCAACUAAACACCGAAAUAUAAGGAUUGUUCGAAAUUAAAUUCCGUUUGGCACGACUUGUACUUCCUCGUUUGUCACGGCUUGGCUGCAAAUCAGCAAAUCUUUGCAGGCGGCAGGUGAACAGACAAAAUGAACCGGCGCACGUCAUUGCAGGCUACUCUGAAUAUUCAGAAACUGCCACGGUAAAACAGAGAACCGAGACAUUUCAAAUUUUCAAUGCAUCGCCGCGUUGGAAUCAUCUGAAAUGGCCUAUGCUAUUAGGCAAAGAUAUUGUCAUUUGCUUGUUAACUACUGUAUUAGUCAAAUCAGAAGAGCAAUCAUGCAUAACUGAAAACUACCAGUAGCUCCCAAGCCGGCCACACAUUGGAAUUAUCAGAAGAGCCUCUUCGGACUAACUAGCAGAGCAUUGGCACCCAAACACUGAACACCCAAACAAGCCAUUGGCACGAGCAAAUGGCCAGCUGCUUCUUGCCACGGCUUUUGCUGGCGUUCAUUGUGUUGGCCUCGUCGCGCCGCUGCCGGAGCUCCGCCACUGCUGCCGACCCGACCCUCGGCUUCGCCGCCCUCGAGCUCACCGAGGACCGGUUCAAGCUGCACAAGCCGUACGACCUGCCGCCGGAGCAGCGGUACGAGUUCCGCGACGGCGUGCGGCGGAUGUGGGUGUUCUGCGACGACAAGCCCUUGAGCCCCGGGAGCCCCACCAAGCCGCGCUCCGAGAUCCUCCUAAAUGCGAGGUACGCAGCCGGGGUGUGGCAGUUCGAGGGCUACGGCUUCGUGCCGGCGGGCACGUCGGGGGUGUCGGUGAUGCAGGUGUUCGGCGCGUCGGGGCGCAACACGACGCUGAUGCUGCACGUCUACGGCGGCCGGCUCAUGUACUACCACGACGAGGCGCGGGUCGUCGACGGCGACAUCUACGACCGGUGGUUCCGGCUGAACGUCGUCCACGACGUCGACGCCGGGAUGCUCACGGUGUUCAUCGACGGCGAGGAGAGGCUCGCCGUCGCGGGCCACGGCGGGUACCGGCACUACUUCAAGUUCGGGGUGUACACUCAGACGGACCCCUCGCGCUACAUGGAGUCGCGGUGGAGGGAUGUCAAGGUAUACACCAAGAUUUGAAAGAGAUCUAAAUAACCAAUGGAAGAGCAAGUUUGAAUCAUGUCAUGAGGCAAUUAGUACAUGUUGGAUCAUCGGAUA